AUUAUCGUUUAUCAGGGGUAUAGCAAAACGAAUGUCAAUAUUAUAAAAAUUGACGCAAAAAUAACUGCCUAUAUAUCGUAUUAUUCUUUUUUUUCCAUUGUGGAGGGGAUUGCUAUUGCAUAAUUUAGUGCUAUUUUUAUCGAUAAGCCAUGCUUAUAAAAUUUUUCCAUCGCUAAGGGUGGGGGCAGGCAAAAGUAAUGGCAGUUGAAACAGAACUUUUGUCGACUUUUGAUCAGCGUCGCUUUAUUUAAAAAUAUAAAUGCACGUAUACGAAAUGUAAAAAAAACCUCCAAUUACAAUAUGCGUAUUGUGACGUCUUUCGCUUUUUAAUUAAACAAUGCAUUUUUAUAAUAGCAUCGAAUAUCAUUAUUUGCCUAUACCAUUUGCUAUAUUAACCAUUUGUGGAACUUGGUGUCCCGAAAAUUUUUCAACAAUUAGCAAGCAAAUUUACAAAUUAUUUACGAUUGUCAGUGUAUUCCUAGGAAUCAUUUUGUUCGUCGAGAUUUUAAUCGACGUCAUCUUAAGCAAUGGUACGAUUUAUUUUAAAUUAGACAAUAUAUUCGCUGUACUAGUAUUUUCGGUUGGUCUUUAUAAAACAAUUAAUGUAUUAUGCUAUCGCUCAAUGAUUCUAUCAUUCAUUACCGAUUACGUCGAUAAUCAAUGGUAUAGGCCUCGAAAUGUGAAAGAGAUCGGCAUUCAGCAAAAUAUGAAAAGCAAAACAAGAUGGCUGUUUGCCGUAUAUACUAUUUUAAUAAUAACGUCGAUGAUUCUUCGUUCACUUACGCCAAUACUUGAAUCGAAAAAAUUUAUAAAUUUACCAUUCGUGGCCUGGUAUCCGUAUAAAAUCGACAAUCCUCUGUCAUUUUGGUUAACGUACUGUCAUCAAAUUAUUAGUGGUGCGACGCUUUCCUGCAUGCACCUCAGUACGGAUACUUUAUUCGUUGGCUUCUUAUUGCAUAUGAAUUGUCAAAUAAAUAUAUUAAUAGUUAGAUUAAAAGAUUUUGGAAACGAAAGUGCUAUUGGCAAUGAUUCUCAAUCGGAAAUUCAUAACGAAGUGAUGAUGAAAAUGACGAUGGCCAAACUUGUACGAGAGCAUCAGAGAAUUUAUCGGUAUGGAUAUACAUUACAGAAAACAUUCGAAAUAAUACUCAUGGGACAGCUGAUUGUAGUUGUACCAAAUUUCCUUAUAAAUAUAUAUUCUCUUUCCAUAUAUAUUGAGAGACUCGAUUUAAAAUACUUUAUGACAAUUUUUUUCACCAUAAUAUCGGUAAUGCAAAUUGGCAUGUUGUGUUGGUAUGGGAAUGAUAUUCUAUUAGGUAGUAAAGAUAUUGGUAAUGCAUUAUACGAGUGCAACUGGACUACCGUAAAUCAACAGACAAAGAAAAUUCUUUUAAUGAUGAUCGUCCGAACAUCUAAACCACUUUUUAUUUCAGUAAUUAAUGUCAUUCCAAUAAACAUAAGUACAUUGCUGAGAGUAAUGAAAAUGUCAUAUUCUACAUUUAAUCUUAUCCAACGAACUUCAGCGCAAUAA